CCAGUCACUCACCGCCGGGCUGCUGAAGCUGUCGAAUUGUUACCUUAGGUUAUAUAUAUUAUAUAAAGGUUAUACAUGCGAUGAGUGGUGUCAUGAAUUUCAAAAACUGCGGCUCUGUGCUGAUAACGGGAGCCAGCCGUGGGCUCGGGCUGCAGAUAGUCGACAGCCUGGCCAAUGGAGGUUUUUCACCCGGCAAGAUUAUAGCCACGACCAGACACCCAGCGAGCGCACAGAAACUUCACGAACUGGCAGCGAAUCAUCCCUACAUCCACAUUAUCCCUAUGGAUGUAUUGAACCAGGAGAGUAUAGAGAAGUCUGUGGAAGAGGUUGGCCAACUCGUACAAGAAGAGGGUCUGAACUGCCUGAUCAACAAUGCUGGGAUCAACCUGGUGGCCGACUUUCAUACCGUCACUGCAGAGCAGAUGAUAGAAAACUUUCACACCAAUGCUGUGGCUCCUCUGAUGAUCACCAAGGCCUUCCUGCCUCUAUUGAAGAGAGCUGCAUCAAGAGGAGGAGCAGGCAGUGAAGCGAGCAUGGGCAUCCAGAGGGCAGCAGUCAUUAACGUGACCUCUCUGCUUGGCUCUGUGGAGCUUAACUGGGGAGAACGGGCCAAAAACUUCAAAUGGUACCCUUACAGGACGUCCAAGAGUGCCCUAAACAUGGUGAGUCGCUGCAUGGCAGUGGACCUGGAGCCUGAUGGGAUCCUCUGUAUGGCCAUACAUCCUGGCUGGGUCCGCACUGAUAUGGGGGGGUCUGAGGCUCCACUGAGUCCAGAGGAGAGCAUCUCAUCUAUCCUGUCUGUGAUUGGUGGACUGACUGAAAAAGACCAUGGGUCAUUUCUGAACUUUACAGGAGAGGUGUUGCCGUGGUAACCCCGUUGAGGGUAAAUAAGAGCACUACUAACUGAUGGUAUGAUCAGCUUUGCAAAGAUCAAUGUAUUACUGACCGAGUGCAUAGUGUUUACUUUGAAUUUUCCUCCACAUUUAACUAGUGUGUGCAUCUUCCUCAUACAACUUUAGUCGAGAAGGCCAAGAUCAUUUUGUUUCUUUUUGUGGGGAUUACCUUAAAUUGUGCACCAUACCUGUGGAUAAGCCGGGUAUUCUGUGUACUAGAGUUUGUCUUUAUGCUACAUAUUGUUUACAGAGUAUACUUGGAGAGCAGUGCGGCCCUCAAUACCCCCAACAAGUUACAAUAACUAAUCUGAGCUGCGUCCAUAUGACAAUAUAUUGCUACAUUCCUUUGAUCUGAUCCUGAGUCAGACUCACUGUUCAGACAGACAAAGGAGACUUAGUUGAGAAAGUCUUAACAGAAGCCCUAUUCAGACUCCGCGAUAUUAACUCCCCUGGGUUGUUUCGCAUUCAAUAUGAAUGUCACAGAGGCAUAAUGGGGGGGCAAAAUUAUCCCCCGUCUGUACCAUCUUCAGGUGGUAGUAACGGAGGCGUUUCAGAGGUGAGAAUGAGAUCAGCACAGCGCUGUGUGUGCGUGGAUGUCUGACCUGGUGUGUAUGUGGAGCUCCCGCUGUGCUGUGAUGUGCUACCUGAAAACGGCUACAGUUACAUUUUAGAUGUUAUUCAAUAAUUAUACAUCCAAGAAGACAUUUGGCAGUUGGAAAGCUGAAUUAUGGUGGCCACCUGUGCUGUGUUUUUCUACCCUGUGAAUGUAGUCCCACUAUGCUAGCAUGAGCAUGUCAUAAGUUGUUUAUAACACAGUCAUUUAUUAUACGACAAUCGUAGUCACCAAUUUGGAUUUUGUUGUUUAGAUAGACCAAAGAUGACAUUUGUUGAAAAAAAAAAGGUGAUUUUGUUGAAAAUGUUUUAAUCUUCAGAGUAUUUUAAAAUGCCCAUAAAGCUGCACACAACUGCAGCUCAGUUUGUUUUAUACUCGUUUCUAGAAAGUUUGCUUAAUGCUCCCUUAAUGCUAAAUCAGAUGACCUUUGAAGUGUUAUGCAGUACUGCUCUCUUACUGUAUGAUAGUCAGAUGUUCCUGAGUUGUUAAAAAGUUUCUUGAGUCUCUGAAAGCUGGAAAAUUAAGAUUGUUGUAUCAUUUUAUUGAUAAGAGUUGUUCUUGUGUGUGUUCUUUUGUGAAGGGACAUGUUGUAUGUUUUGAGAAGGUCCCUCAGAUAGAAUCAAAUAUGUGCUCUAGGUUGAGACAAAGAAAAGUAAACCCGCAAGUUCCUGGUAGAAAAAAACUCAAAUGUUGUAAAGCUGCUGUUUAGCCUCUGAAAUAUUAUCAUAUUGGGUAACACUUUAAAAUAGUUGCAGACAAUUGAUCAUUCACUAGUUUCUUAUUAGAAUGCUAAUUAUUAGCUUAGUGGCUGCUUAUUAGUCAUUAUUAAGCACUUAUUAGCACCUUAGUCUACAUGACUGUAGUCUAUAACUAAUAGAACAGUUAAUGGUGAAUAUUAUGAUCUCUGAGAGCUCUGGUUGCUCUCUAUACUAGUCAGUCAUUAGAUCAUGUGGUUUAGAUUUCUAUGCACACAUGAGGAAGUAAAGUGAAUGAUCUGCAGAUGUACUACUAAAGAGUUGUAUCACCUGUAUACCGUGUUUAUAUUGCAGUAGUAUUUGUUCUUGAGGCAUCCGUUAAAAUAUGUUAAUAUGUGUAGCUUAUUUUUUGAGAUAGCUAAUGUUUGAAGAAUUGAAUGCUGUGCAAUAAAAGUUGGAAGUAUUAAGUAAAAUAC